UUCAUUGAAUUGUAUGUUUCAGACGACAACCUUAAGUUGACAUGGACACAAUUAGUCAUGAAUCAAUAAUAUUAUUCUACAAUAUAUUGAAAGUAAAGAGUGAGGCAACAACAACAAACUUUGAUUGGAAGUUUGUGUAUAAGAGAUGGUAAAUUCAAAUAAUUUCAUUGGAAUAAACAGUGUACUUUCGUAGGGUCCGAAAUCGAUCCAGAAAAAGAUGUGAUAUCAUCAUCAUUUAUUCACAGAUAAAGUGGAGGACCACCGGUAGAUGACCCUGCAAAAUUCUUCCCAAACGGAAAGGUACUUUGAUGUUCCGAACCUAGAGGUCAAAUUGUCUUUAUAAUGAAUAGUGUAUUUUUUUACGGACCCGAAUCUUUAGAACCUGAGGGUAAACCAUCACCUUUAUUUCCACUAGUAAAUGACCUCAGCAAUUUUUUAACUUGCUUUUUUAAUCGCCUUUUUUUAUUAUGAUGAAUUGGAAGAUUUUUCUUAUUAUACUGGCACUUCCACUUUUUCAAACAGUUUGAAACAUUUAAGAAAAAGUUUAUAUAAAGACCAUAUUCAUAUAUUAGAUACUAACAAAGUUAUCAAAUUUUAGGACAUAAUGCAACCCCAACGGAUAAUAUUUAUAACGGAUUGAUGUAAAUGAUGUUUUUAGUUGUACAUUUUAGGUUUUGUUGUUGUUGAGGGGAAGACAUGCUACUUGCCUUGUAUUCAUAAGCCCUUGGGUCUGUGACUUCUUAGACAAUUCCGUUACUUGGUCAUAUUAACAAUUUUUCCAUUUCAGUGUGUUUAAAAAGCAUAAUAUUUAUUGUUUUAGGUCUGGUGACAGAUUAUGGGAAUGAAUUUUUAACCAUAUUGCAGACAUCUAUAUUUUUGAAAAAAAACUUAACGUUUGGUCGCUGUCAGUUACGAAAAAUUAGGAUAAUGACAGCAUGGUUAUUUUGUUUCAUCUGCAGGGGCUUUACGGUCAGUAAAUGUCAGGCCACAUUUUUCUUAUGUCUUAGUAGGAAGAUUUUGAUAUGAAUGACCUUAAAAACUGAAAGCGCUGAUACAGUUCAUUGCUUGAAUGUUUUUUCUUAUUUUAACAAAAAGUCAAAAUGUGUUAUAAUUCAGUUGAAAUUACUGUAGAAGCAUAAUACUGCCGCACGUUGUAGUAAUAUAUGUGUAAAAAUUGCUUUCUAUGGGUGUCUGAAAAAAAGAUGUAUCCGAAACUAUAGGAUCAUAUCAGACUUCGCAUUUUGAUAGUACACUGGAUACUUGAACACUAGAAAAAAUGUCCUCUGUUCAACAGACUGCUGUUGACCUGCGUAUAUUAAAGAUGAAAAGCAGCUGGAGAGAAAUAACAUAAGCAGAUGACGAACGUUGAUAGAUUAUGAAGACUCGAUGGCCGUGGCCAUACUCAGACUGUGUUGACAGGCUCUAUAUAAAAGUAUAGUAAAUUACACAAACUCAAAAGCUAAACACUAUAUUAUUUUCAUUUCCAAAAUAAUGAUUUAUAUUUAAAAAAACUCAUAUCUGUAAAUGAAAUGAGUUAACAAGUAGUUUUAUGUUAAAUGUGAUUAAAACAUUGUAAAAAUUAUAGUUUAGAAAAUAACACUUUUCCAUUUCUUAUUUCGUUAACGAGUGUAAUUUUCUGUAUAUAUAAGACAAUAUUUACAUAGUUUGCUGGUGCAAUCAAUUGUUAAUCGACCAAUAUUGCAUUCAAUAAUAUCGACAAGAUUUCUGUUAAAAGCUGUACAACUUAUGACGGUGAUCAUUUUUGUUCUUGAAGACAAGACGCUGUUUCUCGAUCUGGAAAUGAAGACCAGACUUAAUUUACUGGUUUUCAUGUAUUGGUUGAUUAGUGUUUUGCACCGGAGAUCCCAAUGUUGUACAAUCCUUUUUAAAUUCCAUGGCACCGAAUUGCAGGCGGACACUUCUUAUUGGUCGGGUACGGGGUACACAAAAGAAGCGUGUGAGGCAAAUUGCGCAUCAGACGUUGGCUGCUAUGGAUACAUGUACAAUUCACAUGACUUGAAAUGCACCAAGUCUGCUAAAACGGACUACGAGGGCAACGAAUACUGUACCACUUGUUCUUUUUCUAGUAAACAAUGCGGAACAGAUUGUCCAAGUACAUACAAGGAUUUUGGCGCCUACAAAAAUUCUGUAGAAUCUUACGCUUACUUCGAUAUAAGUAUAAGCAAUUGUAAGGCUCAAUGCUCUUCUGAUGUCAGAUGUCUAGGUUUUGGUUACAAUUCAGCCAUAAGUCAAUGCUAUUUGUCGGAAUACAACUCCCCAGAUUCGGCAGAAGAGUGUUCAACUUGUACGUUUUCAAGACAAGAGUGUUUUGCCAGUUUUGAUGUAACGAUGACUGCAAAUUCAGAACUUCACAUCGUUACAAGUGAUAAAACUUCAUCAGAUACGGUCAGCAUUACAUACGGGAUCACAGAAUCGACAGGGUUUUCUAUUCAAGAAACAGGUUGUACAAUCCUUUUUAAAUCCCAUGGCACCGAAUUGCAGGCGGACACUUCUUAUUGGUCGGGUACGGGGUACACAAAAGAAGCGUGUGAGGCAAAUUGCGCAUCAGACGUUGGCUGCUAUGGAUACAUGUACAAUUCAAAUGACUUGAGAUGCAGCAAAUCUGCUAAAACGGACUACGAGGGCAACGAAUACUGUACCACUUGUUCUUUUUAUAGUAAACAAUGCGGAACAGAUUGUCCGAGCACAUACAAAGAUUUUGGCGCUUACAAAACAUCCGAAGAAUCUUACGCUUACUUCGAUUUAAGUAUCAGCGAGUGUAAGGCUCAAUGCUCUUCUGAUGUCAGAUGUCUAGGUUUUGGUUACAAUUCAGCCAUAAGUCGAUGCUAUUUGUCGGAAUUCAACUCCCCAGAUUCGGCAGAAGAGUGUUCAACUUGUACGUUUUCAAGACAAGAGUGUUUUGCCAGUUUUGAUGUAACGACGACUGCAAAUUCAGAACUUCACAUCGUUACAAGUGAUACGACUUCAUCCGAUACGGUCGGCAUUACAUACGGGAUCACAGAAUCGACAGGGUUUUCUAUUCAAGAAACAGCUACAACAACGGGCACUGACGCAUCGACUAAAAUUAAAGAAUCAACUAAACCCUCUACAGAAUCAACUUCAGAUAUUAUAACCAAGAUACCAGAAACAGACGGUUUAGCUAAUUCAGAUAUCACCAUCACUAUAUCAAAACUUGUAAACACAUCAACUUUAAAUGUGAACGUUUUGAAUGUAACAUAUCUUCUAACAAGAGAUAUAACGUCAACAGAUGUAUCAACCUCAAAAGGUAUAACAACGUCAGAUGUUUCAACGUCAUCAAGUGAAUCAACUUCAACAAAAGUAUCAACCUCAACAGGUGUAUCAACGUCAACAAAAGUAUCAACCUCAACAGGUGUAUCAACAUCAAAAGGUGCAUCAACUUUAAAAGCUAUAUCAAUGUCAACAAGGGAAUCAACUUUAACAGAUCGAUCAACAGCAACAAUGGCAUUAAUGUCGACAGAUGUGUCGAAAUUUACAGGUUUAUCAGCGUCAAUGAGUGAAUCAACAACGACAACAGGUCUUUCAACGUUAACAGAUGUAUCAUCAUCAUCAUUACGUGCAUCAACGCCAACAGGCUCAUUAACGGCAAGAGCUGAAUCAACAAUAAUGGGUGCAUCAACAUCAACGGGUGAACUAAAGUCAACAGGGAAUACAGCAGGUUCAUCUCUGUCAACAGGUUCGUUUACUUCAAUAGGUUCGUCAACGUCAACAGGUGAAUCAACGCCAACAGUUGUAUCAAUGUCAGAUCUAUCAACGUUAACAGGGGUAUCAACAUCAACAGGUGUUUCAACGUCAACAGCGUUAGCGUUGCUUCUUGAACCAUUAACAAUUCCCGAGCGCUUGUCUUCUGCCGCAAUUUAUUUUCCAGCAAAUGGCAUUGUAAAUAAUGCGUCAACGUUAUGUCUCUGUCGAUGUGUUUAUGAAAAUUCCACGUCAUUACAAGAACGAAUUACUGCGUGGAAAGAUGACUUGAAAUUGAGUAAACGGGAGUUAUCUUCCUUCAAAAGACGCAUGACUUGUGCCUACGAUGCGAGGCAUACAUCUAAGGCUAUCGGGGGAGGAGGGAUUUUUAUAGUCUGUUUUAUAAUGUCACUGAUCAUCGUUCCUGAUCUUCUCACAACCAUCAUGAGAACAAUCAGGAACAUACGAAAAAACAAGGAAUCCUGUGAAUCAGAACAUGAUUACAAAACUGAACUUACAACCCUUGGAUGAAAAAAAGCACAUUUUUUUUAUUUCUUCAAGUAAUCACAAAAGUAUUCUUUUUUUAGUUUAUAUGAAAUGUAUGAUGAAUUAAACACUAGUUAUAGGUGUUGGCGCAUUUGAUAGCGUCGACCGAUUUGGACGCGGUAGCCCCAGGGUUUGAGUCUGGUCCAUCGCUACGCGGAAACAUUGAAACCUUGGGCAAGUUACUUUACUAGUGCACUCUCUCCACCCAGGGGUUAAAAUGGGUACCUGGCACAUGAGACGAGCAGGUUAUGUAAAUGUUAAGCAUUAGCGCCGUAGUUUGACAGCUCUGCUUCUAUACUCCCAAGGGAGUUGAGAAUGCUAUGGAUUUUACGGGCCUCGCCAGGGGGUAUUAUGUAGAAGUCGUGCGAGGCUACUUACUUUGCGAGCAAAAUUAUAAACCCUACCUUUUACCUUUAUAUCAAUAUAAAAGAGACUAUUACUAUCAAUAAAGUAUAUAUCUUCUCACUCUUCUUGAGUGUGCCCACUAAAACCCACUUGUUGCUUCUUCGGUAAUAUAAAUUUAAGUCGACAAAGCAUGUGCUGUAUUUAUCAUUAUACAUGUAUUUUAUUUCUAUGUUGAUUAGCAGCUUCCUGUAAAUGAGUUGUUUUCCUUAUCAUCAAGGGCAUAAAACAAUCAACGUUUUUGAUGAAUAGAUAUAUGUGUUACAUCACAGGAAGUAGCUGCAUUACAAUCAUGGUAACGAUACAUGACCAACAACUGCCAUCUCUGCUCGUUCGAACUUCAGGAAAGAUUUAAACAGUUUUAACUGUUUAAUAUCACCGUAUUAUUAUCAUUUGCAUAUUUCUUGUGUUAGGUCACACAGACCUACAAUUCAUAUUGACAAUAAGGCUGACCUUUUUCACUAUUUUUAAAAGGAAUGUAUAAUUGUGACAAGUAUUAGACUAUUAUUAGAGAAUUAUUAGACUUAUUAGACAAUUAUUAGACUUUUAUUAGACUAUUAUUCGACAAUUAUUAAACAUUUUUAGACUAUUAUUAGACAAUCAUUAGACAAUAAUUAGACUAUUAUUAGACAAUUUUUAGACUAUUAUUAGACUAGAAUGAUAUCAUUGAGAAGAUCGGCUCUGUACAAAGAUAAUUGAUAAUGUGCAAACUUUGAAAAUUAUUCAAAUGGACUUUCUCCUUCACAAAAGAUAACUUUUAUAGGUUAAUUAACCACAUCUAAAACUUUUAAGAAGUUCUUACAUCUUCUUUGUCGACAACACAGUCCCAAGAUUAUUUUCUAUGAAUGUAUUCUGCAUCUAAAUGAGGAUUUUAGAGUAGGCCUAUUUUUGAUUUGCGUGAUCUAUUGUUAAAAUUUAUGAUUUUUUUUUUAUUUUACAAUUUAAUAUGCACCAAUAAACAACGAAGCUUCAUUGCUAAGUCUGAAUAUUUAAAUGUAGAGAAACUAUGUUGUCAUAUUUUGUUUACAUUUACUUUUAAAUAUAUUAUUGAGAUAUAUGAUCUCAUAAAUUGUAAACAAUUUUUUAAAUGAGCACUCUUUUUUGUGAAUAGAUUUAAAGACGACUCUUUUCGUAAUAAAAAUUAGUG